AUGGAAAAGGAAAAAGAAAAAGAAAAAGAAAAAGAAAAAGAAAAAGAAAAGGAAAGAGAAAAAAUGAGAAUGAUGGAACAAGAACAUAAUCAAGCUUCUCAAACUUACUCAAAUUCUGAUUGGAUUGGAAAAGAUUUAGUUUUCCAACCAAACGCCAAAGAUGAACAUAAAAUGAAUUUGAUAAUUAAUAUUGAUCAUAUUCUUUUUCAUAGUACUAAAAAUCCAGAAUCAAAUGAAACACAAGGAGAAAGUGUUAUAAAGUGUGUUGUUGAUGAAUCAAAUACAUACUAUGUUAAAUUUAGACCAUAUGCUGCAACAUUUCUUCAAAGUCUUCAACCAUUAUUUAAUUUAAUCCUUUUUUCUUUAUAUUCAAAAUCUUAUGUUUUCAAAUUAAUUGAAUUAUUAGAUUUAAAUAAUAAUAUAUUUAAACAAAUAAUAAGUAGAGAAUCAUUUGGUGAAAGUUUACCAAAACAACAAGUUGGAAAACCAUAUGCACUUUGGAAUACACCAUCACACUUUACCAAGAUAUUUAAGAUCUCAGCUCAUGAAUCGUUGGCGAUUUUAGAUGAUCGUGAGGAUAUAUGGAGACAAUUUAGAGACAAUUUGAUAUCACCCGAGCGUUUCACAUACUUUACAAAAGAGGAUGAUGAGAAUGGUCUCUCUUCGACAAUCAACUAUCCAUUCUCUAUACAAGAGUUGUCCAAACAAUUCACAUUCCCUCGAUUCAACGCAUCGAUACCCUACCUCGAAAUCUUUUCACGUCUUUUAAUCUCUAUACAAAACGAAUACAUGUCGCGUCUGCAAGAAACAUCUCUACAGCAACAACAAAGCGCCGAUGACGAAAACAACAACUUUAACCAAUCCAAGGCAGUUGUCAAAGAGUUACGACAAUGCGUCUUGAUGGACUGCAACAUUGUCUUUAGUGGGAUCUUUCCAAAACAAAUCGAUGCCACCAAGUUGCAUCAGACUCGAAUCGUUCAAAUGGCCGAAUCUUUUGGUGCACAGGUACACCAAGACAUCACACCGACCACCACCCAUCUCAUUUUCAUCAAAGAAGGCACAUCCAAAGUCAUCCAGGCAGUUAAACAAGGACAAGUUAAAGUCGUUCAUUUUUCUUGGCUCAGAGAUUCUCUUUAUAAUUGGGAGAAAAUGAAUGAAUCAAAUUAUUCAAUCGAUAAAGUAAAAAAUCUUUAA